AGGGUUGCUUUUUAAAAGACCAUUUUUAAGCGUCUUCGGGUUUAUUUUUUCAAAACUACCGCCGCCAGCGAAGCCUGGGUAGCUGUUUCACCGCCAUUAACGUCGCCGUCUAUCCUGAAAAUUCUUCUUCUUCUCGCAUAUCCAGUCAGGCAAUAGGAGUACUUGGUCUUCGUGAAUGCAAUGAAGCAUGUUCUGAAAAUUUUAACACUGCUGGCUGCCAUUUCUGCAUUUUGGAUUGUCCUGCUGGAGACAUCUGUAGUUCCCCAUAGUACUGCCUGGCUGCUACCCAUCUAUUUUGUUGUAUCUCUAGGAUGCUAUGGUCUGCUAAUGGUGGGAAUUGGUCUGAUGCGAUUUCCAACUUGUCCUCACGAAGCGUUGCUACUGCAGCAGGACAUUGUUGAGGCCAAGGACUUUCUGAUGCAAAAUGGGGUUGAUGUUGGUUCUAGUUGAUUAAUUUUCCGGGGUACUCUUAAAUUGGACGUUAGCAAAGGAUGAGAUUCGGAACUCCUGCAAGUUUGUUCUAACUGCCAGUUGAAAGCCUUUGUACCUGCUGCAAUAUUCUACAAGUUCUCCUUACUGGGCAAAAUUAUUUGCUUUUCUCUGGUGGUUUUUUAAAGCCGCACCACAUUGCAGCGUUCUUGUGAAUGUCAAACUAACAGAAGUCUGAUGUAUGCUUUUAUUAAACAAUUACAAUUGUAACAGCGAUUACUAGUUGUACCCAUGAAUGAAUUACCCAAUGCAUUCCCGUCCAACAUUAUGUUGA